AUGGCUAAUGAAGAACAUAAACUUUUGGCUCAAUAUAUAAAAGAAGUUCACGCCUCUCUUAGGAAGGAUUCUUACAAAAUAGGAGUUCAGAAGGCAUGGCAGGAACACUGUAAAAAUGAGAAAGUUUUAAGUGCUUAUGCAAAGUGUAUGGAACAGUUAGCAACAAUACAUUGGGAAAAAUUAAGAAUAGAAGCUUGUAAGAGAGCCUACUAUGUCCUAAAGCCAGGUGGUUUACUUAUAAUUAAUACUCCAGAUUCAAAACAUGUUGGAGCUAAUUCAAAAUUAAUGAAAUGUUGGCGAUACACAUUAGCUUGUUUAGGAUUUUCAAGGAUUAAAUAUGAAAAGUUUAAACAUAUGCACUGUUUGGCUUUUAGAAAGUCUUUAGAUAAGGAGAUACCAAGAAGAUGGGUUAAACUGUGUAAAGAACCAUACAUGGAAUUCAGUCUUAAAAUACCUCAGGAUUUUCUUUGUGAUGGUGAAGAUGAAAAUAUGAGUGACUAUUCUUCAUGUACUAAUUGUGUAGCUGACAUGGAACUUUUUGAGGAACUUCCAUUUAAUUUAAAUUGUGAUGCAUGA